GUUUCAAGUAUUUUCAUUCAAUCUUCAGCAGAAGGGAUCAGGCACACACACUCAAUUGAGGAGAGCAUGAAGAUGGUCAAGAGAGCUGCACCCUUUUCCCUUCCCUCCACACCGUUUCUUUUUUGCCCGAUCGCUGAUGAAGCUCUCGUGCAGUACAGCACCCCACGCCACGAUAAACACGUACAAAAAAAAAAUCAGCAGCCUCUCAGCGAUAAUCAAAACAAACGGAAUCCUCCAAUGACCUCCGCACUGCCCUUUCACGAACUCGACACGUCUGCACAGUGCCCAAUCUUCCCUCCUGUGCAGCGAAUGGCGGCCCAAGUCCCAAGUCACGGUGUAACUGUUACAUCAGCGUCUGCGUCGAGGGCGUUUUCGUUUUGCUUUCCCUCGUUCGAUCGAUGAGGAGUGAUGGGAUGGGAUCCGCAAUUAUUCGGUCACACGGCAGCCAGCAAGAGCUUGGGAACGGUGGGAACAGCGAACCAGGAGACUGUGCAAGGGGACGGGCCGUCCUCUAGGAUUG